CUGAGAAGUUGGGAAUUAAGCCAGUUUUGCCUGCAUAUCUUGAUCCAAAUUUACAAGAUGAAGAUAUCUUAACUGGGGUGUCCUUUGCGUCUGGAGCUUCAGGAUAUGAUCCUAUAACAUCUAAGCUCACGUCAACAAUUUCAUUAAGUGAUCAGAUUGAAAUGUUCAAAGAAUACACAACAAGGCUCAAGAAAAUAGUUGGGGAGGAAAAAUCAUCUCAAAUUGUGAGGGAAAGUCUGAUUGCAUUGAUUACUGGCAGCAAUGACUUAACGUUUACAUAUUUUCUUACACUUGAAAGAAGGACUCAUUACGACAUUCCUUCUUACAUCGACCUAUUGCUCAACUUUGCUAUCACCUUCAUCGAGGAGCUGUACGACUUGGGGGUGCGUCGGAUCGGAAUUUUUGGUUUGCCGCCUAUAGGGUGGAUGCCGUCACAACGAACUUUAUGGGGAGGACUCAAACGAAAACCUGUUAAUGAAUACAACCAAAUUGCGGAAUUAUUCAACACAAAGUUGUCAGAUGAACUAGGCUCGCUCAAUAAACAAUACCCUGAAGCUAAGAUUAUUUAUGUGGACGUUUACAAUCCCGCUCUUGAUAUUAUUCAAAACCCGAAAAAAUAUGGCUUCGAGAUUGCCGAUAAGGGAUGCUGCGGAACAGGGUUAUUCGAAGUGGGUUUUCUUUGCAAAUCCGCGUGUGGUAAUCGACCCACUGCUCCGCCGCCAUCGCCAAGCAUUCCACCACCGCCGGAGCCGUCGAAUAUGCCGCCAACGAACAUACAGGCAGGAUAUCCUCCGCCACCUGCUGGCCUCUGCGCCGCGCUGUCAAGCGCUUUCCUUCGCCUAGGAUCGCAUAGUCGUCUGCUCCGCCAGCACCAUCAUAUCGGAGAUGUCGAACUCAUCGGAAAUCUGCCGGAAAAGUCAUCCACGCUGUGA